AUGCCUCUUUACUCUUUCUUAAGCACCCCGCACGAAUACUUCGCUUGCUGCAGCUUUUGGGGGACCCUAGUUGGGACCUGGUCAUCUGCGUUCGUUCUCGUCCUUGACUGGGAUCGACCGUGGCAGGCCUGGCCCAUCCCCUGCGUUAUGGGCGCCGUCAUUGGCUUCUCCCUCGGAUUUUUUGCCUUCCUGUUACGUCGUUACCUAACUCAUCCUUUUGUCGACCGCUCUCGUUGUUAUGUAAACACCGGUGAUUCGGUCAAAUCUCGAGAGGAGUUAUUGGAUCACGUCUUGGUCUUCCUGUCCACAUACUCCUGGGUAUACUCCUUCAAGUGGACCGAACUGCUCACAUGCCAUGGGAAAUCGUCGGACCCGGUCGUUUCCUGCCCUCCGGAUUGGAUCGCUGCCCUGACCAAUGGAAAGAUUUCCCAUUUUCAGAACGUUGUUGUUGGCGGCGACGCUCCCGACGAUUGGCCCGAUUCUCUGCGGCGCUUUGCCAAUCAGUGUGCGACCUUCACGCGUGAGCUGAUGCGAUUGGCCACUGCCCAUCCACCCACUGCAUUACGGCAUGAUUCCAAGUCCCGGGGUUUCCUGUGCUCAAACCACCCAGCCGACUGCCUUCACUACCACUGCAAGCCACAGGGUGGCACUGGGCAGGCGCAGAGGAAGGUGAAGUGGAAGAAGAAGCACGAGAUCGGGAUCAUGUCGGCCUUCCUCUGCGACCUCCUCGACGACUCGGUGGGCUUUUCACCGGCACCAACCACACAGUGCCGCGAUCGAACGCGUGUCACAUUCCAAACCGCCGAGUUCGAAGAGGCAUGCUCGUGUGAGUCGCAGGGUACAGUGUCCACCGGGAUAGAAUUUAACGCACUAGUCGAUGUGGGCUCCGGACUUGGCCACCUACCACGACUUGUAAUGCAGAGGCUCCGGGCAGGUGAUGCCACGCCCAGACGGCGUGUGGUUGCCGUGGAAGCCGACGCUAAGCUACACAACAGCGCCGUGGACAUGGAGGAAAGAGAGCCGAAUUGCCACAGCCGACUGAUUCGCGUGCACGCGCGCGUAACGACGAGCGAGGUGCACGACUUACGGGAAAGACUGUCCAUGGCAUUGUCCGCCCUGGAGACGCCCCGCUACCUGCUUUGUGGGCUGCAUUGCUGUGGCGACCUGAGCGAGGCUGUUAUCGAGGCCUUCCUCACCGACCCGAACGCGCGUGGAAUCGCACUCGUUGGAUGCUGUUACCACAAAAUGGAAGACAAUACGUUUCCUCUCAGUUCGAGCUUGCAGGAAGCUUUCACGCGCAACCCCGAAGCGGUGGAUCCCCUCCAAGCGAAGGUGACUCUCCGACUGGCUUGCCAGUGGUCGCCACAGCAAUGGGCUAGAUGGACACCGGAGGAGGUCUACGAACACAGGGUGCGUGUCUUCGUGCGCUCCAUCCUCGAAGUCUACCUCAACCCGGACGGCCACUCGCCGCUGCCCCCGCCUUUGAAACGCGUCGCCCGCCUUCCUCCCGUCGUCACAAAGCCCCCAAGCAGCAGCCAGGCCGAGUGCGUCGUCCAACCACUCCCAAGCCUGGACGACCACUGGCGCGCCCUGCACAGCCUCGAGCCCGCCCUGGAGGUGACAGCGCUGGCAAAUCUCGUCACGACAGCGCAAAACACGUGGCACCUUCUGCCGGGAAUCAUCAUGCUCCAACAACUUGUGCAGCCCCUGCUAGAGGCCCUCAUCCUCGCCGACCGUGUGUGGAAGGUGGAGGAGGCGGAUGACGUGGCCUUCGCGACGCUGGUGCGUUUGUUCGACCCGUCAACGUCACCCCGGUGUGUGGCGCUCGUUGCGUACAAAAAUCACUCAAAAUGA